CCCGUUUCAAGUUCCCAUUAUUCGUAACGCGUGCGCAUUUUCUACUUGACCGUCUCUAUGUGAUUAUAUACGAUAUGUGACAUAUAUACAUACGUAUGUACUUAAUUAUUUUAUAAGCAAAAUUAAGUAUACUUGUGAUAUAUAUAUAUAAAACUUCAUAGUCAAGUUGUAAAACAUUUGUUACGUUGGUAAAACAUAACAAUGACAUUGGCAAUAUUGAAACAUAUAUCGAUAGUGCAGAAUGAUUUUAAAAACAUUAGUACGCGCGAAAGGUGUAUCGAGUGCCUUUACCGGCGUGGAAUUUUUAUUUAAUUGUAUGAACGUAUCAGAUAAAAUGGGACCUCUUGAAACUGCAAAAAAAAUUGCUGCUUAUAAAGCUAUCGAUGAAUACGUCAAGGACAAUAGUGUAAUCGGAAUUGGUAGUGGGUCCACAAUUAUUCAUGCUAUACACAGACUUGCCGAACGUGUAAAGGAAGAAAAACUUCAAGUAGUUUGUAUACCUACUUCGUAUCAAGCUCGACAACUGAUAUUGAAUAAUCAUUUAACAUUAGGCGAUUUGGAAUCUUUUCCAAAGUUAGAUUGUGCCAUUGAUGGAGCAGAUGAAGUUGAUGCUGAAAUGAAUAUCAUUAAAGGUGGUGGGGGAUGUUUGCUUCAAGAAAAAAUUGUUGCUUCAUGUGCCAAAGAAUUUAUUAUUAUAGCUGAUUAUACAAAACAUUCGGAAAAACUUGGACAACAAUAUAAGCAAGGUAUACCUAUCGAAGUAGUUCCUAUGGCAUAUGUUCCUAUUCAACAUAGAAUUGAAGAUAAUUAUGGCGGCGAUGUAAAGAUAAGAAUGGCUGUUGCUAAAGCUGGACCUGUUAUAACCGACAAUGGUAAUUUUAUUUUGGAUUGGCAUUUUCCACAAGAUUUGAGUGAUUGGAAUAAAAUUAAUGAAGAAAUUUUAUUGAUGCCUGGAGUAGUGGAGACAGGUCUUUUUAUUAAAAUGGCAAAUAAAGCAUAUUUUGGUAUGACAGAUGGGAGUAUCAAGGAACAACCAUAAAAAAAUUAUUGUGCAUCUAGACAAAUGUUAUUCUCCAUAUUACAUAAUAUGGUUUUAUCAGAAUUUAUCGAAAUUCAGAUCUUGCCUUUAAAUAUAUAAUUUUUUCUCAUAUUAUGUAGUCAUUGUAAAAUAUUGUUAGGCAUUUUAUAUCGACUGAUUUAUAUUACAAUUGUUUUUAUCGAA